AUGCCCGGCCGCCUCCUUUCCAGCCUUGUUCGCCCCCACGUGCACCACCACACCUCCUUCUCGUCGCAUUCCACCUCUUCCUCAUCUACCUCUAUUAAUGAGAUCCCCACCAACACCGUGGCCCACAAGAAGCCUUCUGCAAAUGUGCUGGAACGAGCACGCUCUCCAGAGCGCCGUUUGUCUUUCGCGGUCGAUCAUCUAAUCCACCCGCACAGGGAUCACAGCAAGGAGAAGCGCCGCAAUCAUGGGCGUUCAUCCGGUUCAAAGGAGCGUCCAGGCGAUCAUGGCGUUAGUGCUACUGCCAAGUUGGACGUUGUCGUUGAAUCGCCACCACUUGUCUGUUACGGCAGCCCAGCUAACUCGACCGGUGCGCUAUUCUCCGGCCGUUUGAAGAUCACUGUCUCGGAAAUGGUUGAAGCCAUUACGCUCGAUAAGUUCGACAUGAGAUUGAUGACCAGAAUGACAACGAAGAAACCAGUCUCGAGAGAAUGUCCGAACUGCGCCUCUAGAACCGAGGAGUUAAACCACUGGAACUUCUUGACAGAGCCGCUUCACUUGAAGCCUGGCGACCACGAAUUCCCUUUCAGCUACCUCUUCCCCGGUCAUUUGCCCGCUUCCUGCAAUGGAUCUCUGGGAAAGAUCGAGUACUACCUCUCUGCCCAUGGGCAAAACAUUACCGGCGAAGAAUACAACUUCCAGAUGCCUUUGCAUAUCAGGCGCGCUAUCCUACCUGGAAACGACAAAUCCUCAAUCCGUAUCUUCCCUCCAACUAACCUCACGGGCCGCAUUGUGCUUCCCUCGGUCGUUCAUCCCAUUGGUACGUUCCCCGUCCAGAUGACUCUGAGCGGAGUCGUGGACAAGGGCGAGGAGACCCAAACCCGCUGGCGCUUGCGCAAGAUGAUGUGGCGUAUCGAAGAACACCAGAAGAUCGUUUCCACGGCCUGUGGUAAACAUGCGCACAAGAUUGGUGGUGAGGGCAAGGGCGUCCUCCACCAGGAAACUCGAAUCAUCGGACAUAACGAAGAGAAGGAGGGCUGGAAGACCGACUUCGAUACUGCCGGAGGCGAGAUUAGCAUGCAGUUCGAGGCAAGCAUCAACCCCACCUGCAACCCUGUGUGCGAUCUUGAGGCCUCCGGUGGACUGGAAGCCAAGCACAACCUCGUUAUCGAGUUGAUCGUCGCCGAGGAAUUCUGCCCUAACCGCAACACCAGACUCAUCACGCCUACGGGCGCAGCGCGUGUGCUCCGCAUGCAGUUCCACUUGCAUGUCACUGAGCGCAGCGGUCUCGGCAUCAGCUGGGACGAGGAAAUGCCUCCGAUGUAUGAGGAUGUUCCUGCUAGCCCCCCCGGCUACACAAAGCCCGAUGCCAGCAGUGUCAUGGAAGACUACCACGGCUCUCCGCUCCCGCUGCCAGAGUACGAAGAAUUGGAACGCAUGGACUCGCUCCGGCUGGAUAGCGACUCUACUCACUCGUCGGCUCGCUCAAUUCUCUCAACACGCGGACGAUCUCGAUUCACCACUGACGAUCUCAUCGCCGAACCUGUGACACCACAAAACCGCAAUCGAGCCCCGUCCGCCGAUUCGCGAGCCUCUCGGGCAUCUGAGUAG